CGCUGGUCGAAGGCGGGUGAGCGGAUGUUUCCUCCAGCCGGUGAGGGGGCUGAGCCCCGCCGGCCUCCAGCCGCCCCUCCGCUGCUUCUGCACGGUUCUGCGUCUGCUCGCUGAACAGGCUGAACAGGGUCGUGGAGUCUCUUCCCUUAAGUGCACAGUGUGCCGGCUGGCAGAGGCUUUGAGUCCCAGUUGCCACAGCUGACGGCUGCGAGGGACUGAGAGCCGAUUAUAGGUAUUCCUUUAGAAAUGAGUUGCACAAUUGAGAAGGCACUUGCUGAUGCUAAAGCUCUUGUUGAAAGAUUGAGAGAUCACGAUGAUGCAGCAGAAUCUCUGAUUGAGCAAACCACAGCUCUCAACAAGCGGGUAGAAGCCAUGAAGCAGUAUCAGGAAGAAAUUCAAGAACUUAAUGAAGUUGCAAGACAUCGGCCUCGGUCCACAUUAGUAAUGGGAAUCCAGCAAGAAAACAGACAAAUUAGAGAAUUGCAACAAGAGAACAAAGAACUGCGUACAUCCCUGGAAGAACAUCAGUCCGCCUUGGAACUUAUAAUGAGCAAAUAUCGAGAACAAAUGUUUAGAUUGCUAAUGGCGAGCAAAAAAGAUGAUCCGGGUAUAAUAAUGAAGUUAAAAGAGCAGCACUCCAAGAUUGACAUGGUACAUCGUAACAACUCCGAAGGAUUCUUCUUUGAUGCAUCUCGACACAUCCUUGAAGCACCUCAACAUGGACUGGAGAGGAGGCACUUGGAAGCAAAUCAUAAUGAAUUACAAGCACAUGUUGACCAGAUAACUGAAAUGGCAGCAGUAAUGAGGAAAGCCAUUGAAAUUGACGAACAACAGGGUUGCAAGGAACAGGAACGAAUAUUUCAACUUGAGCAAGAAAACAAAGGCUUGAGAGAGAUCCUUCAAAUAACUCGAGAAUCAUUUUUGAACCUUAGGAAAGAUGAUGCAUCAGAAAGUACAUCUUUGUCAGCAUUAGUGACCAAUAGUGACCUGAGUCUGAGGAAGAGCUGAAGAGCUUCCAAAUCUGUAAAUUUACAUGGCUCCAGAUGGUCACUAGGACUGGCCUAUGAUUGAAUGAAUGAAUGAACAGAAAACUCAAUCCUUUAUUUUUUUUUUUCCUCUGUAAUAUGUACAGUGCACUGGCUAAGAGAUAGCAACAACAACAAAAAAUGUAUUGUUAAUGGUCAUAGACUUUAUUCCAAAACAAAACUGAAAAGUAGAACUGCGCCAUUGUUAAUUGGUGAACAAAUGAAAGGUUUUCACAGUGAUUGCUGAACAUAUCAAGAGCUUUCAGCAGUGCCGUUAGUUUUCUAGAUGAUAAAGUUGAAUAUUCCCAAUAAAUAUUUGGGAAUUCAUAGAAUGAAUUAUCCCAACUUCAAAAUAUAAAUUUUGCCACUUUGGUGAGUGGAGGAUCCUCAUACUAAAUUUUAUCCUUCCUGUUUGGUGUCAGAGUUAACAAAUAGCAUAUGUACUUUGAGACGUCAGCUUUAGUGAUUGCCUGUCUAAUUUCCCAUUAAUUUAAAUUUUUGUCAAAGAAAAUUCAGUUUUUAAGGCUGUAGGAAUGUUUUAUAUGCACCAAAAACAAAACAGGUAAUUUAAUUUGAGCUAAUUUACCAUAACUGAUACUUAGCUAACAAUUGUCCAUUACUUGCUUAAGUGUAUGAAAUAUCAUUUCAGGAAUGAAAGAGAAGGAAUACUUUCUAAGAAAGAAGAUCUCAGACAUUUAGUAGGUUAAACUACUCCUUUGAAAGAAUAAGUUUUGGUUCGAAGUCAAUAAUGAAGAUGAGAUUUUUCUCUUCUCUGAUCUGUAGGAUAUUAUGUAGUUCAUUUAGCUAACAGAGUUGAAACGUUUGGUAUAUAGCAAGAUAAGUGUGGUAAUUUCAAAGUAAAUAGGGAAUUCCUCUGGCUCAUAGAAGCCUUUUUUUUUUUUUUUAAAGAAGUAAUUACGCUUGAGAUACAGAAAUCGUAAAUUAAAAUUUCAAAAAAAAAAAUUCUGGAUACAUUUUUAAGCUCUAUCUGGCCCUCAUAACUUGCAAGAUUUUCUUUAUGACCUUUCAGUUAGAAGGGAGAGAAAAAAAUCUAUGGAUUUAAAAGUAUUUGUUUUCUUUUAAAAAAUAUCAAGUAUACAGUAUGUAAAUUUUUGAAAAGCCACUAGAUAACAGAAAUAUACUUUAACAGUAGUUGAAACCUAAGUUUUUCUUAUUCUGUGGUGAUUAUAGAAUAAAAGGGUAAAAGAAGUGUCAAAUAUGAUUAAAUGUAUUAUACUCACUUAUAUCAAAUGUAUUAAAAUUAGCACAAGUAGAAAAUUCUAUUGAGUAUGUAAUUUGUUAAAGAAAUAUUACUUCAUGUGGUAAUUUUUAUGUGUAAUUUCAUAUACUGGUAAAAUUCAAAACUGCUUUUCACUUCAGAAUUUUUCUAUCUUGUGUUUGGGAUGAAUGGGAUGGACAGGACUAUUUGAAUAGAAAAGGGCUAAUGGCCCAAACAUUAAAUAGAUUUCUUUUCUCAUUCAGAGGCCUUAAUUGAUAUUUUAUAAGUAAAUGAUAGUUUUUAUUCUUUAAACUUUCUGUUGGUUUGGGGGAAAGUAUCCCUUAAUUUAAUGGCACAUUCAUUCAAAUAGUUUUUAUCCCAAGUAAGAAUUAAAGAAAGAAAAUAAGCUACACAGUUGAGAUUAAAUCUAAGGCAAUUCACUGAGGCAGCUGUAUUAUAAAACAUUACUUGAUAAAUAAUUAUUUUUGUAAGCAAAUAAGUUAAUUUAUUCUUGUCUUCUUGCUUAGAUAUAAUUUUAAGUCUUGGUGUUUAAAGACAUUUUCUUUGUUUUUUAGUGAGUUUUCCAUCCUUUUUUUUUUUUUUUUUUAACAAAACUUUAUGUCUGAGUGUAUGUACUGCAUAGGAGCCUGUUUUAUCAAUAAAGAUGAGUGAUUAAAAUUGG